CCAUGAGCCAAUAACUACCAGAAGUCAAAACCGAGCGUUCUCCUAAUUUCCUCCCCCCUCUCUUUCUCCCUCUCUAAAAUAAACACUAAAAGAAUCCAAUGCGUUUGUAAAGAAUCUGCAGCGAGAACGAGGAAUUGCAUAGUAGCAUGGUGGAAUUUGAGUUGAAUAUUUGGCGCCCAACUUAGUGAAUUGUGCAAUGGAAAGAAGGACUAUUUUAUGCUAAGCAGUUGUUCUGGAAGCCUUGCUUCAUUCCAAGUAGCUAUAUCUUCUGAUAAAUCCCUGAAGGAACUUGUUAAAAGGACUACUGGUCAACAGUUAUUCUGUUAGUGCCGUAGGGAAUGCUCAUUCAGUUUAAAGCCAAUGGAGGUAAAUCCUGUACGCUCCCAUUCCAAUGAGAAGCAACCGUUAGAGCAUUCUACAUCUACCAAUGGAGAACAUGAGCACACAGAAAAAGAGAAGAGUGCUUCCGUGUUCAUCAAUCAUGCUGCAAUUGCAUGGCAUGAGAGCAGAAGAAAGUGGACUGGAGAUCAAUCUCAACAGCCACAAAGAAUGAUUAAGGACCCAAUUAUAAGCUGGUCAACAACCUAUGAAGAUUUGCUCUCAACUCACGAGCCCUUCCCUGAGCCAAUCCCUUUACCAGAGAUGGUAGAUUUUUUAGUUGAUAUAUGGCAUGAUGAAGGCCUCUUUGAUUAAACAGUGUUUUAAUUCUACUGUAACGGAGACUAUAGAAGGUAAAGAAUACAAAGAUUUUUGACAACCCGAAAAGGCAGCCUGAUUUCUUGAAACUGAUUCUUCCAUGUAGAAUCUGAUAUGGAAAGCCAUGUACCUGAAAUUGAUUUCAAAUUAGACUAGCAAGGAUUUUUCAUUUCCUGCUUA